AUGUCGCAUACAUUACAUUUCUUCAUAUCUAUAGUCCUUUGUUUUGUAAUUGGUAUACAUCGUGUACAAUCAGAAAUUACUUAUAUUGAAGCUCGAUAUCCAUUACGAGGUACACCAUCGGCACCUAAUGCACCAUGGCCACAACCACAAUAUCUCAAUGCUAGUUUGGAUUUAACUUAUAUUGAUCCAGACUUUUUUAUUGUCUAUUCAAAUUUACGAAACUGCGAUAUUACUGAUAAAGCAAUUGAACGUUAUCAACCAUUAUUUUAUCCACCAAAACUAACAAUAAGAAGUCCAGAUACAUUCGAUGAUAGUCGUGUUCUUAUUUCAGUUUUAAUUGAAAUACGAUCAAAGAAAUGUGAUGUAUAUCCAGAUCUUCAUGAUGAUCAAUCUUAUAAUAUUACAAUUGAAAAUGCUUAUGGAAAAAUUACUGCUGAAAAUGUUUGGGGCGCACUUAAUGGUCUUGAAACAUUUUCUCAAUUACUUUUUAUUACUGAAGAUGAUUAUUUAGCAAUAAAUGCAUCAGUCACUAUUCGAGAUUGGCCUCGUUUUCCAUAUCGUGGAUUACUUUUAGAUUCAUCACGUCAUUUUCUACCUGUUCCAAUCUUGAAACAACAAAUAGAUGCAAUGUCUUAUAACAAAUAUAAUGUUUUCCAUUGGCAUCUUUCUGAUGAUCAAUCAUGGCCAUUUGUUUCGAAAAAAUUUCCACAAUUAACCGAAAAAGGUGCAUUUUCACCUGAUCAUGUUUACACUCCUGAAGAUGUUCAAGAUAUUAUUGAACAUGCACGUCUUCGUGGUAUACGUACUAUUCCUGAAUUUGAUUCACCAGGUCAUGUAGCUGCUCUUGGACGUGCAUUUCCAGAGUUUUUAACUGACUGUUACAAUGGUUCUACACCAAAUCAAGCUAUAUAUAGUAAACAUGCUGCACGCGAAAUUAUUGAUGUAACAAAAGAUGAAGUAUAUAAAUUUAUGAAAGAAUUUUUACAAGAAGUUAAAGAUACUUUUAAAUAUGAACCAUAUAUCCAUCUUGGAAUGGAUGAAGUAACUCCAGCUUGCUGGUUAUCAAAUCCUAAUAUUCAAAAAUUUCUAAAAGAUAAUAAUAUGACUAAUGGAACAGAUUUAAUGACUCAUUAUUCAAAUAAAAUACUUGGAAUAGCAAAAUCAAUUGGAGCUAAAUCAAUGGUCUGGCAAGAUCCAUGGGAUGAUGGAGUUAAAUUACCAUUGGGAACUGUUAUUGGAAUAUGGAAAGAUACUUCACUUUUACCUGAUAGUCCACCAUGGUCUUAUUUUUUAUCAAAAGCAACAAGUGAAGGAUAUGAUACUGUUCUUUCAGCUCCGUUUUAUUUGAAUAUGAUUAAAUAUGGAAAAUAUGAAACAAAUGAUUCGGUAAUGAAUUUAGAAUUCUUUCAUUGGUAUAAUAUUGAUUUAUUUGCUAAUUUUACUGGUGAUGAUGCUGCCCGAAAACGAUUAAUUGGUGCUGAAACAACACUUUGGGGAGAAUUUGUUGAUGGUACAAAUAGUUUAUCUCGUCUAUGGGUUCGAGCAUCAGGUGUUGCCGAACGAUUAUGGAGUUCAAUUGAUGUAAAUAAUCCAGAAGAUGCUCAAUUUCGUCUCGAUGUUCAUCGAUGUCGAAUGCUUAGACGUGGUAUUCCAGCUGCACCAAUACUUAAUGGUUAUUGUGGUCCUUAUGAAGCUGGAAUGAAACAAUCCAUGGUCAAUGAUCCAAUCUUUAGCUAUAUUGAUUGA